GGGAGACCACUCUGACCGGCAAGCAUGGAAGACCACAAAGAAAAAUAUAAACAUCAGACGGAUUCGGUUGAGAAAAUAAAGGAGAAAAGAGGACAAGAAGUUGUUUCUUUGAGAAAAGAGAAGCGAGAAAAAAUCGUCAGUUCAAAGCGUUUUCGUUUUGGGUUAGAGAGAGAAAGUGGAGAUGACCAUGGGUUCACAGUGGAAAUGGUGAAGGAGUUGUGUGGUAAGCUGUCCCAGUCUGGACCGGAAAGGUUGUCCGCCCUGAAAGGCAUCAGGCAGGCGUGUGCUGAGGGAACAAGUUACAUAGACGCUGUCUUCAGUGUUGAGAACAGCCUGCAGAGUGUUGUGGGACUGUUGACGGGGAAUGAUGCAGACCUGCAGCUUGAGGCCGCCUGGUGCCUCACCAACAUCUCUGCAGGAACCUCUGAGCAUGCCCUCGCCGUCGCCAAGAUGGCCGCCCCUUAUCUCAUCACUUACCUCGGCUCCAGCAACAAUGCCUUACAGGAUCAGUGUGCAUGGGCGUUGGGCAACAUUGCAGGGGACAGUGCUGAGUGCAGGAACCUGCUUCAUGCCCAGGGCAUAGUGGCUCCCAUUGUCAACUUACUAAAGUCCCCGGUGCCAGCUGUGGUGCAGUCAGCAGCAUUUGCCAUCUCAAACAUUGCCAGGGAAUCCCCUGCAGUCACAAGAGAGUUGGUAGGUGCAGGUAUCCUGGGCAUUCUCCCUCAGUACAUGAACCUGGGCAAAGGGAACAGGGACACUCUAACAGAGAUCGCCUGGACCCUUACCUACCUUUCUACAACAGGGGAGCAUGUGCCAGCUAUGAUAGAGAAUGGUCUGCUCACGUCCACUGUUGACCUGCUUGUGAAACUGGCCAAUGAAGGUGACAAGUCCUACCCGAUAGUGACGCCCUUGCUUCGUUGCCUGGGUAAUGUGUGUAGUGGCCCCGAUGAGUACACGGAGCAAGCCUUGGAAAACCCUCGUCUCCUGCACACCCUUGGGGUCUACCUCGACUCAACAGUAAAAUACGUAGUCAAGGAAACACUCUGGGUCCUCUCCAACAUUGUUGGAGAGCCAACAGUUGCUGAGUCAGUAGCUAACGGACCAAUUGUGGAAAAAGUGGUCGCAAAAAUGGAUGCUGGCUUUGAUGUGAGACAGGAGGCGCUGUAUGUGUUGAACAAUCUGGCUUGUCACGGGGAGGAGGCAUGUAGCUGUCUGCUCCGACACAAGGUGUUGCAGGGUUUCACACCCACACUUAAGACACAUGAUGCAGACGUGCUCAACCUCGCACUUGGCUUCAUUGAGAUGAUGCUGCGCAUGUGUCCUGACAGUGUUGAUGUGUUUGACACAUGCGGCGGGCAGGCACGCCUGGAGGGGCUGGAGUACCAUGACAACCCUACCAUAGCUGGCAAGGCUCACGAAUUGCUGCAAGCAUACUUCCUAACUGACAAUAAUCAGGAAGAUGUUGGGUAAGAUGAAAGGCAUCAAAUAUGGUGUCCAGGGACUGGUGUGGUACGGAUACACCAGGCAACACCAUUACCCAGGCAGCAAUGUGUACAGGCGUUUAUGUGGUACUCAGGUGUUCACACAGUCAGGACAAUGGCCCUCUGUUUUUAAUCAAUUUUUCUCUGCCCUCUAUGCUAUAUCUGUAAAUAUGUUGUUUUGUAUAGGCCAUUUUUAUGUACCAUUGAAGAGCCCAUCAUUUUUUAAACAUUUCAUGAAGAAACUGAAUUUUGCUAUCAUAUCUCUUUACGCAAUAAACACAAGUGUUUUG